CCUGGGACGUUUAUCAAAAAUUGGAAAACAACAGUUUUGACAAGCCUGAUAGCUCUCCGGGCCACCUCAGACGGAGUCAAAAUAGACUGCCACUUUAUGUUCAACGGAUUCUGUCCUCCCUUUCAGCACUGAAAUCGGUCAAAACAUCAUGUCUCUAUCAGCCUUGCCGGCAGACAUUGUCUUCACUAUUGCCUACAUUCUUGAUCCUUGCGAUGCCGUCAGUUUCGCGAGAACCUGCAAAUCCGUCCAUGCCGGCCUUGAAGGAACCAACUAUCUUGCUAGGCAUCGCGACCUUGUGAGCAACUACGAAAAGGUUGUCUUUGAUGAAUCUAGCGAUUUCAAGCACCACCCCGCCUCCCUUGUUCAUGCCAUCAAUGAUAACCCUCGAAUUGCAUACUAUGUCAGAAAUCUGAAAUGGACUUAUGGAGACAAGGCAUGGGAUCCUAAGAUUAUCCGGCAGUGCGACAUUGCCACUGAAAAGUGGGCGCAAGAUCACGAGGAAGAAAAUGAACCUGAUGGUUGGCCGCAGUUUCUUCUCGAGGUCAACCCUACAGAAAGCGAUGCCUUCGGCCUACUUUUCUGGAUGCUACCAAAUGUCAAAAAAGUCCGGAUCGCCUUAUCCUCAUGGCAUGACGAUGAUGAUCCUCAUUGCGCAUGGACGUACGGGAAAUAUGAGGUAAGACCUUGGAAGCUCGAGACUAUCAAAAUCAAAAUCCCGGAUGAAGCUGGGAAGCUCGAGACUAUCAAAACCAAAGUCCCGGAUGAAGCUUGGAACGAACGCUAUUGGUGGCACUUUCGACCAUUGCUUAGACACCCAUCGCUUCGGAAAUUCAGAAUCUCCAAUGCAAAGACGACGUGGGCCAAUGGUCAACAAUUCAACAACGACCAUGAAUAUGGACCCCCCAAGCUGUCCCCCAGUGUUGAGGAAAUUCGUUUCCUAAAUUCGUGUAUGCCCAUACCCUUGUUGAAGGACGCUAUAAAGCUAGCGCCUAAUCUUCGAGCAUUCCAUUAUGAGCACGAAGAUACCGACUGUGGCGAAUGGAUCUAUGAAAACUUCUCCUCUUUCCUUCCUGAUCGCCUGGAGGCUCUAUCUUUGACGGCCAAGGACAUAUAUGGUCUGCCUUGGAAGCCCUUACAGACGCCAUACUUGGAUUUACAUAUCUGCCCUCAACUCAUUCGGAGACUCCACAGUCUGAAGGACCUGUGCAUCGAGGCGGCAUUCCUCGUUCUAGACUCUCGACAAAUCCACCAGACUUUUCAUCCUGAUUACGACCAAUAUUGGGAUCCAAGCGGUGAAGACCUUACUCCGGAGACUCAUGAGUGGCUUAAAGUGGAUGACGAUGGCGACAAACUGAUUCCUGAAGAUGGACUAGAGCGCUACAUCGCCAACGUGCACAAAUUAGUCGACAUCUUGCCACCUUCGAUAGAGAGGUUGAAGAUCCGGAUCGCGCCCUUGACCAUCUCAUUAGCUAAAAGACUUUUUGAGGACUUUGUGAAGAGCUAUCCACGCUGCCUUCCAAAUCUGCAGAGAAUCAUCGUAACAGACUUCCCUCGCGACCUCCAAGCCACGGUUCAAGAGAUAUACGACGCGGUCAAUACUGACUGUAGCAGGCAACCAGAUCCUGGGAAUUGGUACGAUGAUUGCGAGCGUGUACGUUACUUGAUGUCCGAGAAGGAAAUCAAACCAAUGGUACCUUUCACCAGAAUGAAGUUGGAAGAAUUUGCCAACGGGGACAUUUAGCGGGAUUCAUGCGGAUGCUAUCGCUCAACAACAGACUACAAGGACCACAGAAGUAGUAGACAUAUGUUACAUUUGGGUAUUAGUAUCUACUAUCCACAUCAUUCCUACCUCCAAAAGUUUUUCUACCGUACUCCAGACCUCCAAACAAUCCAGACCUACAAACACCCCAGUCCUCACCGAAGUCCUCAUCGAAAGCCUUUACCGACCCUUUACAACCCAGAAUCGAUCUGCCUCACAGUACUGCGCACUCAUUAGCGUCACGUCCCUCAAAACCACACGACACACUCUUUCGAGACUUACGUAUCAUCGGUAUAAUCCCACCACACCCUACACGCCUCCGUCAUCGAAUCCGGGAUCGGCAUAUCCUUCACGAUAUCAUCCGGGCGCUCGAGCACGCUGAUGUACAGCCCCGC